AUGACCCAGCCCAAUGUGAGCCUGGUGACUGCCAACCUCAGCGGGGCCCGGGCCAGGGCCGGAAGCGACGACCUGGGGUAUGGAGCAGGGAAUUUCUACCGUCCGUUCUCAGUGUUCAGCGUGCUAACUCUCACCCUGCUAGCCAUGCUGGUGGUGGCCACCUUCGUGUGGAACCUCCUAGUUCUCCUCACCAUCCUGAGGGUGCGUACCUUCCACCGCGUGCCCCACAACCUGGUGGCCUCCAUGGCCAUCUCGGACGUGAUGGUGGCCGCCCUGGUCAUGCCCCUGAGCCUGGUGCACGAGCUCAACGGGAGGCUGUGGAAGCUGGGUCGCGUGCUCUGCCAGGUAUGGAUCUCCUUCGACGUGCUCUGCUGCACGGCCAGCAUCUGGAACGUGACGGCCAUCGCCCUGGACCGCUACUGGUCCAUCACCAGACACUUGGAGUACACGCUCAAGACCCGCAAGAGGAUCUCCAAUGUGAUGAUUGCGCUUACCUGGCUGUUGUCCUCCGUCAUCUCCCUGUCGCCGCUGUUCGGCUGGGGGGAGACCUACUCGGAGGAGGGCAUGGAGUGCCAGGUGAGCCAGGAGCCCUCCUACACUAUCUUCUCCACCUUCGGAGCGUUCUACCUGCCGCUGUGCGUGGUGCUCUUCGUCUACUGGAAGAUCUACAAGGCUGCCAAGUUCCGUAUCGGCUCGUGCAAAACCAACACCAUCACGCCUAUGGCUGAGGUGAUUGAGGUGAAGGAAACGUCGCGGCAGCCCCAGAUGGUGUUCACAGUGCGCCACGCCACUGUGACCUUCCAGACGGACGGCGACACGUGGCGCGAGCAGAAGGAGAAGAAGGCGGCGCUGAUGGUGGGCAUCCUGAUCGGAGUCUUCGUCCUCUGCUGGAUCCCCUUCUUCCUCACGGAGCUCAUCAUCCCGCUGUGCCACUGCGACAUCCCGCCCAUCUGGAAGAGCAUCUUCCUGUGGCUGGGCUACUCCAACUCCUUCUUCAACCCGCUUAUCUACACCGCCUUUAACAAGAACUACAACAACGCCCUUAGGAACCUGUUCUCCCGUCAACGCUGA